CAAAAACAGCUCACACAAAAAGCUUCUCACGAAUUCGUUGCCUCUUCCUACAAGCGCAUCCCCCCACUUCAUCCAAGUCCAAAACAAAAUGGUGCUUUACGUCGAGGGAGAUGUCAUCGAGUACCGCCCCUUUGGCGGCGAUGUCAAGACUGGCAAGAUUGACAAGAUCGAAGCCAAGACUGGAGGCCACGUCGACAUCACCUACACUGUAAAUGGCGAAAAGAUCAUCUCUUGCCAGAUCAUUGGCAAGACCAAGUGAGGGUCUGUCGUGGCGGAAUCGGGAUCUGGAUGGGGAGCAGGCGCAGGCUCAGUGAUGAGCACAUCGCCACCAUCAUUGGGCUCUUCUGGCAUAUCUCCUUCAAUCAGAAGAGCAGAGCUGCAAGCAGACGAUUUGAUGAACAAAGAGCGACAAAUCAAGAAAGCGAGGUUGGACUGAAUGACAACGCAAAGGGGAACAAUCCGCACACUAGGGUCCAUCGCUCUGAUCUGGUGUGCUUCAUGCGCGCCCACCUCUCGCCUUUUUUGCCCCCUUCCGCCCCUCCUCCCCGCCCCCCCCCGCCUCCUUUUGAUUGUUGCUGCGAAAGAGCUUCUUCUCUUCCCCC